UGGGGAAAACAACACUACUGCGGGGGUGCACCACAACAAUAGACAGCAUCUAGCCCGAGAGAAACGGGGCGUCCGUCAUGUCCACUGUUUCCCGGGGAUCCGCGAGGCUGUGAGUGCUGUAGUGAUUUUAGACACGGGGUACCACCACGGCGGCCGAGGAACCUUCUCGCGACUGUCUGGGCUCUCCAUCGAACGGGAAAGAUGGCCGCCAUGAAAAUUUUAACCAGCACGGGGCUGUUCUUAGCGUUCUGUGCGUUGGGUUUGCUUGCCAUGGCGAUAUGCACCGACUACUGGUACGAGACAGAUGCACGGAGACAUCGGGAAAGGUGUAAAAACUACGCAAACAAGCGAAACGAUCCCGGUUACAUCUACAUCUCCAAUCACAACCUCCCCCUGCAAAUGCCUCCAAAUGGCAUAGAAUGGAAAGGUAACGGCCCUAGUGCUGAAGCGCUUCCUCUCGUCAGGGAAAAACGGCACUUUCUGGCUGCUGCCUCCGCGAUGGAGUCCCACUGCAGCCGCCAGUUCAACUCCACCAUCUCUGGGCUUUGGAGAAAGUGUCAUCGUGAGGGAUUCGACCUGGAGACAGAGGACCUCAUUUAUAAAGGGUUGAUACAGCGCUGCACCCCCGUCAAGUACCACUACUCCUCCUCCAUCCUCCCUCGUAAUCUCCCCGUCAACAUCACCAAGACCAUACGCCAGGAUGAAUGGCACGCGCUCCACCUACGCAGGAUGACGGCAGGCUUCGUGGGCAUGGCCGUGUCCAUCAUCCUCUUUGGUUGGAUCAUAGGUGUGCUGGGAUGCUGUCAGCAGCAUGACCUCAUGCAGUAUGUAGCUGGACUACUGUUCCUCAUGGGAGGGACGUGCUGCAUCAUCUCUCUGUGCACGUGCGUGGCGGGCAUCAACUUCGAGCUGUCGCGUUACCCGCGCUACAUGUACGGCCUCCCCGAGGACAUCAGCCACGGCUACGGCUGGUCCAUGUUCUGCGCCUGGGGGGGUCUGGGCCUCACCUUGCUGGCCGGCUUCCUCUGUACCCUCGCCCCCUCCCUCAGCACGCCCUCACGCACCACCGUGCACAAGCCGCGGCAGGAGAACGGAACCGUCUGAUCAGACCGGGGGAACUGGCCCAGCCCACAGAACCCACAAGAAGAAGAAGAGGCCACCCCCCCACCCCUAACAUUGUCUUUGUUACAUCACUACCAACACCAUUCCUCCCCCCCCAAUCACGACCACCACCAUCCCACAACGUCCUCCUGUCCCCUCCAGCUCAGUGAGCAGGGGCGGGAGAAAAGAAAUCAAGACGGAUCCCAUCCCAUCUUCAUGUACCUUUGCUGAGGUAGUUGGAGGACCAUUGAAAGCACAGACACAUGAGGCUGGCUGGGGUACAGGCUCUUACAGCACAAUCCAGGCCACAUGUUUUUACAACCUUGGACUGUAUUUACUGACUGUGUGGUGGCCUGAAGGUGACUGCUUUCUUUCAAGAGGAGUUGUCUUAAUAUGGUGCUCUCUUUUACACACACAAAAAUGCACACACAAACAUCCACUCACACACACACACAAACACACACACAUUCCAGAAGCUUCAAGAGAGGAGCAUUAUACUCAAGACAGAACAAAUAAUACAGAACAAACAAACCAGACAACAGGACAUGAACUUCCUGUGAGCGUGUCUCGUGUAGUCAGGUGGUGUGUACGUGUUUGUUAUUGUUCACAAUGAAAAAAAAGAAAAAACAGAAACAUUAUGCUGGCAUAAACUGUCCGUUGUUUAGACCACAACAGUGAGACACUGAACAGCAUCCCUAAGAAGGACCAGCAGAACCCUGCUUCUUCACCUGUGGACUAAGAGCUCAACACAGAAACAGGUGAGAAAGUGGUGGAAGUCGACAAAACACACAGAAGAAUCCAAUGACCGGCCAAGCUCUGGUGAGCAAACUCUUCUGUUCUCUAUCACGGCGGAUCUGCAGAUUCUGUAUGUACAAAUGCAUCUAGACGUAGAUUCAGGUCAUUGUUUGUAUAAAGUAGCUCUUGAAUAAGAAUGUGUUUUUCAUUUGUUUUGGGGGCUAACACAAAGGUUUUGGGGCCACAUACUGUGGUUGCGGGGUUUGUAUCAGCUGAGUAAAGCACAUGCGUCGAUGAGGAUGCGUGUGCAUCCUGGCCAUUCAAGUCAUUAAGAAGCACAGCUUGUUCAAGGGUUGAUUUGAAUGAAAAGGAAUGCUAGAUUUAAACCUCCGGUAAAAAAAAGAGUUGAUUAAUGUCCCACCCAUCCAAUUCAGCACAGUAAAAAAAAGGAUGAUGGGAUGAAGAGGAUGAGUCCUGGUUCAUUAUUAUGUUUACGUCAAAAGAGAUAUGAUAGGGACUUGAUGCAAACACUCUCCGUUGAGAUUGAAAGAAAUCUCACCUCCUACUCAGCCCUGGUCAUAGCUGUAAGAGGGGAUCAAUUUAAUCACACUGGUCUGGAUCAGUCCUAUUGGAUCGACCACCACCAUCUACCAAGUGAGGGAAACAAUUAAGGAGACGGUUUUAUGAUUCUUCAUUGAUUGUCCUCUGGCCUCAGUGACGGAGGCUUGGUUUCAUGGUCUCUUGACCCCUUUAAGGAGUGCAGUGGGCCAGGCCAGGAGCUGAUAUGGUCUGGGCGCACUCUGGGGUUUUACAGUACUUCAUGAACAGUUAGAGUGGGAGUUAGAAACAGGAGUAUGAGAAGGGGUGGGUCCAUGGAUCACAUGUGCUCUGUAUGGAGGAGGAUUGUACAUUGCUGGGUACAGUGCUGUUGUCAUUUACACGAGUCCCUCAAAAGUGUUUAAAGGUGAAUUGAUGAGGGGUUGAAGAGUUGAUUGUGUAUACUUCCUACAGUGAUUUAGAAUCAGUGCAGUAUUCUAUGUGGUUGAAGACAUCAUGUGAGGGGUGUUUGAGACAUUAUUCAUGACAAAAGCACAACUGUACACUGUAGAAGCACUGUGCGUGUGUCAAACACUUCUACAAUUCACCAGUGUUUAUUCUGACUGUGUCCUCUCCAAAAAGCAAACAUCGGAAGAAAGUAUCUUGAAAUACAAUACUUCUCAAACACCCCAGGUGCACCUGUUCUGGCUGCUUAGGAUGAAUGGGAAUAAUAAACUAGCUUGAGAGCACCAGAAGCACUCCCGUUCAUCCCAGGUUUGCUUAGGAAAGUAAUACCACUGGCCAAUGAGCUGGCACUACUGCUUUGUUCCCCUUAUCCAAUUGGAUGAUAACAUGAUCAUGUGAUAGUGUACUAUCUGUCAACCGUAGCAUAGCAACACUGCUGAACUAUCAAAAGGCUUGUAGAGAGAGAGAGAGAGAGUGAAGAGGGAAGCACAAUGUAGAACAAUGCACAAGCGACAGAGACAGUCUAAAUGGGAGAUCUCCAGAGGCAAACCAGGGACAGAGACAGUCUAAAUGGGAGAUCUCCAGAGGCAAACCAGGGACAGAGUGCUGUCUGAGCAACGAGACAUGCUGUCAACCAACGCCACCGUUUCCAAGUGGCACUUCUCCAAGUAGCACUGCUGGGUUUUUCUACUAGUCAUUUCUACUGGUUAUUACAUCUGUAGAGAGUGGAGAGAGUAGGGGAAGCGUUCAAAAGACAUUAUAGUCUUGCAUGAGAUCAUUACAGUUUCUUUUCUUUCAAUGUAUUAAGACGUGUCCAUUUUUAAAUCUAAUUUAUUUUAAUGAAAUAAAAUGUAAUUGCUAUUCUACUGA